UUGAAAUAUUUUCUAACCAGAGUGAUUAUUAUUUUCUCCCAGGUUCAGCUCGAACUCAACCAAUUUGGUCUCCUAAUCUACAACGCCAAUGUUAAGCAACUGGUCGAUGUCAGAGGCCAUGAGUACUUCUCCUACCUCGGCCAAAAGACCCAAAUGGAAGCAGCCAACCAAGCAAAGGUCGAUGUUGCAGAAGCCAGGAUGAAGGGAGAAGUCGGAUCGAAACAAAGAGAGGGAGAAACAUUAAAGAAUGCAGCUGACAUCGACACAAAAACAAAGAUCUUUUCGACACAGAAGCAUGGAGACGGGAGGAAGCAGGAGGCUAGGGUGAAGGCAGAGGUGAAGAUAUAUGAGAAUGAGAGGGAGGCUGAGGUGGCGGAGGCUAAUGCCACACUGGCAAUGAAGAAGGCUGAGUGGGUGAAGCAGACUCAGGUGGCUGAGGUGGUCGCUGCCAAGGCUGUCGCUAUGAGAGAGGCGGAGCUUCAGUUGGAGGUCGAGAAGAAGAAUGCGAUGAGACAGACUGAGAAGCUCAAGGCUGAAUUUCUUAGUCAGGCUACUGUGGAUUAUGAGAUGAAGGUACAAGAAGCAAACUGGAAGCUGUAUAACAGACAAAAGGAAGCCGAAGCACAGCUGUACCAGCAAGAAAAAGAAGCAGAGGGAAGCCGUGCAGUCGCUGAAUCUGCCUUCUUCUCUCGCCAGCAGGAGGCGGAUGGAGAGCUCUACGCCAAGCAAAAGGAGGCUGAAGGACUACAGGCUCUAGCUCAAGCACAGGGGUUCUACCUGGAAACUUUACUGAAAUCCCUUGGCGGAAAUUAUGGAGCACUCAGAGAUUACCUGAUGAUCAAUGGAGGAAUGUACCGAGAUAUGGCUCGCAUUAAUGCUGAUGCUGUAAAGGGAUUGCAGCCCAAGAUCAGUGUUUGGAGCAUUGGCGAUGGUGCUGGCAGUGGAGAGCUUGCUGGCGGCAGAGCUGCUACUGGAGCCAUGAAGGAGAUUGCUGGAGUGUACAAGAUGCUGCCUCCAUUGUUUAUCACAGUUCAAGAGCAGACUGGGAUGCUUCCUCCUGCUUGGAUGAGUUCAAUCCCAGCACCAGCUAAAUGAAAUUGAUUGACGAUUUUAUCUGUGAAGUUUUCUAGGAAUUUUUUGUUUAUCCAAUUUAUCUAGUUUUGACUUGGCUUUUAGGGAUACU